UGACUUUAUUCCGAUAACAAAGAGUUAGUGACGGGUGGAGAGGGACAGGAGGGGGGAGGAUGCAUCACAAGGCAAAAUGGUUAAUUGUGUAAAGCGGCGACAGACGAAGACCAGUUGGACUGGACGAGGAGCGUAACUUUAGUAUCGGAAAAAGCUCAGUUAUUGACGAGACAACCGAUGUUUAGGGCUCCCUGUAGACGUGUACCCCGUGCCGUAAAAAGCGUUCCGUUUCCCGGUCGCUGCAUUUAGUUUCUCUCAGGCUCCGCGUUUUGCUUGUGCUUACAUCGUUGCUUUUUCCUUACUGCCUGCAUGCCAUCCUCACACCGAUACUUGUGCUGACCCUCCAAAGCGAUGUCACCACCACUACUAAACCUGAUACUACAGUGGGGUCCUUUGAACACGGUGGGAGUUGUAAAUCCCUCCAAAGAAGAAUGGCGCUAGACAAGAAAUUGCUUUUAGAAGUCGCACAGGUUUCAUCAGAGGUCUUUGGAACGGCACAAGGAACAGGAUCCAAAGCUGGUAUUAGUCGGUUUCUCAGAAAAAAACUUCGUGGUCCCGUUGUCGCGAAUUACUACGGCAAUGAGCUGCCAAAGCACCCUAGUACCGGGAGAAUGCUCUGGAUCACUAGACGAAUUUUAGGGCAAGAGAAAUUAACACAAGAUUCUCUCAAUGUCAAUCGCGGACGCUGUGGAAGUAUCCCCAAGAAAGUCAAGGAGAAAAAGUAACCAAGACCAAGGUCUUUGCUGCAUGCACGAAUAGCCAAUGCGAUCCUCGGCAUUAUUUUAUAUGUCCAUAAGGAUUGGAGAAAUGAUAGGAAUGACAGGAAUGACAGGUUAAUGAAGAAUAACAGACGGAAAAAAUAUGUAGUGCAGUAGUAGUUGUAGUAGUAGUAGAGUGGUCACAGUAUUAG